UUUAGUUUUAGUUAUAUUCCACAAUUUCUUUUAAUAUAUACCAUAAAAAAAUAUCAGAAAUAGUUAAAUCAAAUUCAUUUUAGAUUCUGUUAUUUAUUAUUAUUCUUAAUUAUCAAAUCUUUACAAAAAAAGUAUAACAUGCGCGGCUGAAAAAGUUAUCAUCUAUGAUUACAUCAUUGAUUACGAAAAUAUUUUUUCUGUAUUGCCUUGGUAACCAGUUAACAUAACAAUGAAUGAUAGUAUACUACGCGCACAGCUAUGUAUGUUUCUAACAACCGAAUACUUCUUUGAUACUGUGGAGUUGUUUUUAGCAGAAUUAAAAUGUCGAUUGUAACGUGUAAUCAAUCACUGCAAAAUGCAAACUGAAGUGCCCACAUUGCCUGUAGUACAUCUGAAUGUUCAUGAAAAUGUGGAUAGAAAGCAAAACAGCAACACAAAUAAUAUAGAAGAAAAAAAAAGCUAUUCACUAUGUAGAAGUACAUGUCCAUCAUCAAAUAAAAAAUGUUUGCAUCCUUUGCUUGGUAUGUUAUAUAUUGAAAGAGAAUCAUAUAAAAACACCAUGCGAGUCUGUUCUACUACAAUAUCAGCAAAACCUGCAAAUAAAAAUAAUCUUACUCAAAGAGUUGUAUCUGCAAAAAUGCUUCGUAUUAAACAAUUGCAAAAUCAACUUGCUGAUGCACAUUAUCAUCUAAAUGAAUUGGCUAAUGAAAACAGGCUGUUGAAAGCAUUGCAGAAAAGGCAAGAUUCUGCAUUAAGACGUUAUGAGGGAACUACUGCUGAACUACCAAAAAUUAUUAAUUCACAUCAUGAAGAAUUGAGAAUACUCCAAAUUAAGCAUAAGAAAUUAAAAGCCUUACAUAAGAACAUCUCUGAUUUAUUGAAAGAAAAAGAAAAUGAAUUGUAUUCCUUGCAGACUCAAAAUAAGCAUUUGUUGCAACUCAGUAAAGAUCGAAAUUUGGCAGAAAGAGAAAAAUUACAGAUGCAAGUUUCUGAGUUAAAUCACAAAAUAAUGCAGCAACAAGAAAAUAUACAGUUGUUAGAAAGAAAAUUAGCCUUGGAAAGAAAAAGUUUGAAACAUCAACUAUUUGUAGAGAUAUCUAAACACAAACAAACACAGAAAAAUUUACAAGAAGCACUUGAAAAGGUGAAAGAUUUAGAACAUUUAAUAGGUAACAAAACAAGAAAACAAUUACUAAUCGAUAAGAAAAAUACAGUUUUUGUAACUCAAUCACUUACAAAUUUGAGGAACGUAAGUACUGCGAUAACUACGACCAACAAAUAUAAAAAAUAUAAUGAUAGACAAAACGAUAACUUGCCUACACUUAUUACAUCUCAAUUAAAUAAUGAUAUAAUUAAUAAUACUGUUAGCAGUACAAAUGCAAGUCAACAAACGGAUUUGCCUUGUCCAGAAACAGUGACAAGUUCAAGAGACACUCAUAAAUUAUAUUUUCAAACAAUGUCACAGGAUAUGAUAUCUUCAUUAUUUGAUGAUCAGACACCAAAGUUUAAAGAUUCAGGAUCAAAAUUAAAUAAAAAUGUACAAACUGCAUCAUACAAUGAAAAUGAUAUAGCAAAUCAGAUGGAAUCUGGGGAUAAGUGCAUAGUAGAUGGAAAUUCAUAUGAAGUAUCUACAGAACAGCAUGAACAAUUUGAUAAUUUUUCUGACUAUUCUAAUAGUGAACAUGAGAAGGAUGAACAUAAAAAUAUGAAUUAUCAUUUGAUGAACACAAUAAAAAAUUCUCAGGAUUUACAUACACGGAUGAUCAAUAAUACAGACCAUGAUCUUACUUCUUAUAUAACAGAUUCUAAAGAGAGUGAAUCAAAUGCACAAUUUUUUUCUAAAAAGAUAUAUAAUGAAAAUUUUCAAAAGCAGGCUAAAAUUUUAAAUCAAAAAGAUUAUGAUUAUCAAUAUAAGUUUAAAACAAACCAAGAAGAAUCUACUGAAGAUGGCUUCUCUGUUAAAUUCAAAAAUGAUAAAUUUGAUAAAAUAUAUUCUGAUUCUUGUUCAGAAGACUUUAAUACUAAUGAUAUGACAAACGAAAUUGAUUUAAAAGUUUUAAGAAGUAAACGAAGAACUGAUAAUGCAAAUUCAGAAGUUAAUUUGCUACAAAAUGAAAGUAUUUAUGAAUAUCAAAGUGAUUCGCAUAAAAAUGUAGAAAAUCCUUCUAUAGAAACUAUAGUGAACAAUCUUGAAUAUAAUCUAAAUCAUAUGCAUAUACAAGAUGAAAAAAAUCAUUUGAUUAAUGAUCAUGAAAACUUAAUUGAUUUAAAAUUGGAUACCCAGCAUACUUAUGAUGAAAAUGAAACGACUUCUAUGUCUUUGCAACAAGAUGAAUUUCAAGGUAUAGAAAAAUAUUCAACAGUUAAUUUUGAGCUUGAUCAAGAAAUAAAACAUUCAGAAAUUGAUAAAGAUUAUCCAUUAAUAUAUGACAAUAUUAGUUAUUCUAUUGAUAAGGUAAAAGAUGAACUACAACAGAAUAAUUAUGGUGAUCAACAUACAUCAACAAACUCCAUAAUAGAGGGUCAAAGAACAAUAUCUAAUGGAAGCAAAGUGGAAUUUACUGAAGAUCUAAACAAUGAUGUUAUUACUACAUUACAAAUGAAUAAGAAAAAAAAGUCAUUAUCCAACAGUCAUACAGCUAAUAAUUCUGGUAAAAGUUACAAUAAUACCAAUAAAAGUGACCACAAAGCGGUUAAUAAAUCAAAAUCAAUUAAUUACAACAAAGAAAAACUUUUGGCUACAAUGAAGGCAAUUGAUAAUAAUGAAGAUAUUGACUUUUUUAUUGAUCAACAUUUUCCAAGACGUAAUUCUUUAACUAGAUUUCAAAUAACAGAAAACUUAUUCCGUGGAUUACCUGCACAUAGCAAGAAAAACUAUAGUAUUAUUAAUGAUGUGUUUGAUAAUGGUAAUAUGGAUAAUAAAAUUAGCCUUACUUAAACCUUGUUAGUUAUAUCUAUCUAUAAUAAUAUCUUGAAAGUUUACUGAAGUCUUAAAACUAUUUGAUGAUAUAGUAAGCUUCUUAAAUGAUCAAUAUUAUUAACAAGCUUACAAUUACUAAAAUUCGUUUAGACUAAAAUUCGUUUAUUUUAUUAGCCUCAUAUAGUUAAACAUUAGUCAAAUUUAAUCAUGACAUAAAAUAAAAUAUAGCAGUAAACUUAGUAUGAUUACGUUGCAUUUUAUUAAAAAAAAUACAUUAUAGAAAACAUCAAUUAGUUUAACCAUGCUGCUGCAUAUGAAGAUACUACUUUGAAUAUGAUUUAACAAAUUUUAAACAAGCAAGUUUUUAAUAGAAUUAAUUUAAAAAUUAUUAAUAAAUAAUCGAAAUGUAUAAAAAUAUAAUAUUUUUAAAAGGAGAGGUUAUAAAUAAAAACAAUAAAAAAAUUUAGAAAAUUUCUAGGGAACUUCAUUAACAACAGUCUUUAUGCGUGCUUUCAUUGCAGUGUUAUGUGUAUUGAAAUUAUUAUCUAAAAAAAAUGAUUUAAAUAUGUAAUCUUUUUUCAAAACUCACAAUCUUCACAUAUAGAAGUACAUUGGGAUGUAUCGACGAAUACACUCCGAUCUUUAUGAUAGUUCGAACUACCAAUCGUUUUUAUCGUUUAUAUUUUAUAUUUGUUUCCACGAAUAAUAAUGGAAGAAUAUUCUGGUAUUAUAUAUUAUAUAAUUUUUAUUAAAAUUCAUUAAACUAAUAUAUAAAAUAGAGAGAGAUAAGUGCAAAGGAUUUAAAGAAGCAAGAAAAAUUUCUGUCAACUGGCUGCUCUAAAAUAAAUAAAAUAUUCAAUGGUGGCAUUCCUUGUCAGGGUAUUACACAAAUUUAUGGUGCAGCUGGUACUGG